AAUAAUAAUAAUAGGCUAAUAAUAAUAACUUAAGUGCAAAGACAUUACAAAUUUAAACAAAUAAUGAUCAAUGAUAGAAUUUGUAAAGUAAAUUUGAGGUACAUAUUUUAAGUCAUUGAUUAUUACUUCAAUUGUAAAAAAAAAAAAAUACAAAUACAAAUAAAUACAUCAAAAUAAAAGUGCCCAGGGUGCAUAAAACAUCAUCAAAAUAGGGCGUUGUAUAAAAUAAAAAAUCCUAGGGGUGAAUCCUCCAGACCCCCCUGAUUUCUUCUCUAAUCCCUGAAAAAACCCAUGAUAUUUAAUUAGCACCUAUAGUGAUAAAUUAUAAUCUGUAUGAAAUCAUAUAAUCAACUUUCUGUUGGAUUUAUGUUAGAUACUUUGAACUACCAUUAGUCACGAGUUUGUUUUAAAUGUUUAUAUUUUAAUAUUCCUUUAGCAAUCAUAAUACUAGGCUAAAUCUAUUGAAAAGCAUAUUUCCUUUGACAAUAUCCCAAAAAUGGUGAUUCCAGGCGUGAAUGUAUCCUAUUGAUUUAUUUGGGCGCACACAGCACAUUACGUUAGGCUACGUUCCUCUGGACCAACCAAUGAGCACAGCUCCUACUCCAUCUGCUGUAACGUUUCAGGCAGAUCACCGCCAGCCAGGCAGUGUCUGGCAAAGCUGCCACUGGGGUGCAUGGAGCAUCACAACAUUAUAUUGUUCAUAUCGUCCCAGUGUAGAACCAGGGGCUUGUAAAGUCGAUGAAGUGAACAAAAAGAAAGAGCCAAGGCAUUGAAGAAUAUGAACGAAGUGGGACCACCACGUCGACCCGCCGCCUCUCUUAAUUUUACCAUUGACAACAUCCUCAAUCUCAAAACAAGCGGGAGGAACUACGAUCACUUUCAAUCAGCCGCACAGCAGGAUGAUUCGACCAAGGCGAUGGGAAAACAGGAUUUUUACAGGACGCACGAGGUCAAGCGGAGGCAGGACCAGGGCAGCAUGCUUGAGGAAUUCGAGUUCAACAAAGAGUGCAGCAGAGCAACAGAAACAGUCAUCAGCCACGAAGACCCAGAGAAGGCGACGGAGGCGCGCUUCGAGAGCGGGGACAGCAGCUGUGACGACAGCAGCUCCAACAGCACGGCCACGGACCCCAGUAAUGGGUGCAUCCCUUUUAAAAAGAGCAAAUUGCUUACAAGAAAGAAAACACGCACGAUUUUUUCCAAGAGACAGAUUUUCCAGUUGGAGUCUACUUUUGAUAUGAAACGCUACCUGACCUGCGCAGAGCGCGCAUGCCUCGCCAAUUCCCUCCAGCUCACAGAAACCCAGGUGAAAAUAUGGUUUCAGAACCGCAGGAAUAAAUUAAAAAGGCAGAUCUCGACCGAAAUUGACGGACCUCUUACUGAUUUUCCCAAAACUGUAAAGUCUGUUGUAGUUGGUCAGCUCCCGGCCUUGUACAAAGAGGGCAACCUGCUGGGGAGAUGCCUGCUGCCCUUGACUCUGCCCAUUGUUUAUGCUGGUAGUAGCACACCUGACCUCUGCUACUCAAACGCCCACAAGUACUUCAGCCUUUAUGACGGGGACGUAUGAUGGUUUAGUAUGUCCCCAUGUGAAAAAGACACUUUUUGGGUGGUUUCCUGCAAAAAUUCGAACACAAGGUUUUCAUAAUGAUGGAAAACAGACGUUUCAAGGAUGUCGCAGCCAGAAUUAAACUCUGAAGGUGGCCUAAAAAGUUCUAACACUUUAAUGUUUCACUGCGUAUUUACUAUUAUUAUUAUUAUUAUUAUUAUUAUUAUUAUUAUUAUUAUUAUUAUUAUUAUUAUUUACAGCCAUUACUACCACAGUUUAACUAAAGCAUUUCCAAUUACUUACGCCACCAAAUAAAAUACGAUUGCCUAUGGAAUUUGCAUGCAUUUUCUAUCAUUAUACAUUUUUAAUAACUGAAAUGACAGACUAUUUAAAUUAUGUAGCCUAAUUAAACUUUUAUUAAUGCAUGUAUUUUUUCUGCUAUUUGUACUUAAUCCAGUGACUACUGCUAAUUUAAUUAAAACCUAUUCAUUUGCUAAAUUAUGUUGUAGAGCUGAAUAAUUUAAAUGAAGCUCUAGUAAGUUCAGUCAGGAAGACUAUGACUGCCUUCACGAUCGGGUCUUUCUCAUUCAUCCCCUUUUUCAUGCUCACUCAUGUUUCCGCUGUCAUUUUUCGAGCUGUCAUUUUUGGGCAGUCGUUGGGUAAUCAGCUGUCUCGUCAGCGGUCUCAUCUAACCAAUCGCAUGGCCUUCCUCCCUAUCUUUCAGCAUAUCAUCGUUUUUUAAAUAUGAUUCUUUCUCUGCCUUAGUUCCUUCAUGCGGAUGCUUCCCCAUCACCGCCCAUCUUCGCAGAUUCAUCAUCCAUCAAUUCUUCACCCAUCCGGUCUCAUAAAGUCAUCAGCUUCACUACCACUGGUGUUUGGACUCCAUGGGGGGAUUUAUUCCGUUGACGCUAACAAUUGUCAUUCUCCAAACACAUAGUAUUUCUGUCAAGUCACAUUUCCAUGUUAUUCAGUGUAAUAAAUCAUUUUCUUAA